UUAUCUGUGUUAAUAAUGUUGUUCUUACGCCAUUGCUUUUAUUAUGAAUUGCUUGUGCAUUAUUUGUUUAGUUUGGAAGUAUUAUGUAUCUCAUUAGUUUAACUUCAUUGUGGAAUAGUAAUACUACAAUAUGCCCAAUACACAACAAUGAAUUUAAAUUUACAGUCGGAAUGUAAUCUUGCUGCAAUCCUAUAAUUUUCAUUUUUCGUAGGAAUGUCCUGAUCAACAUGUCUACCAAAAAUGCUUUCUUGUUUUUCAUUAACUUUUAAUGGACGAUAUAGAACAAACAAAGGAUCAUAAAAUCUCGGAAAAUGUCGGCAAGUCUGUAUUUUUGCCAGUAUAAUGGAUUGCUGACAGAAAAGGGGAAGAGUAAAUAAAAAUUAAAAUUCUGCCCAGAAAAUGACGCAGUAUAUGCCUCCAUAACUUUGAUGUCUACCUACAAUCCAGGGUAGCACCACGGUUAAUGGGGUGGAAUGUGCCCGUUGAAGAGUUGAUCCAUAUACCGUCACACUGGCUGUCAUUCCCUGAGGUUGACCCCAUGAUGCAUUACUCCCUUGGUCUGCUCUAUUGUUUCUUCUGUGUUGCUGCUCUUGUUGGCAAUGGACUUGUCAUUUGGAUUUUCUCCACAGCGAAGACACUUCAGACUCCAUCAAACAUGUUUGUGGUAAAUCUGGCAAUAAUGGAUUUCCUCAUGAUGCUUAAGACACCAAUCUUCAUCUACAACUCGUUCAAUAAGGGAUUUGCUGCAGGACAAGUAGCAUGCCAAGUCUUUGCUUUUAUUGGAUCCUGUUCAGGCAUUGGUGCCGCCUUAACUAAUGCUUGCAUUGCCUAUGACCGAUACAUGACAAUUGCAAGGCCAUUUCACGGGAGAGUGACAAGGGGAAGAGCUGUCGUCAUGUUGGUAUUCGUGUGGGCCUAUACUCUGCCUUGGGCUGUAAUGCCAGCAUUGGAGAUCUGGGGGCGAUUUGUACCAGAGGGCUACCUGACCAGCUGCAGCUUUGAUUACUUGACAAAAACACCCGAGAACCAAUUCUUUGUGGUAACAAUCUUCAUCUUCUCAUAUAUACUGCCCAUGAGCCUCAUCAUCUAUUUCUACUCACAGAUUGUUAGUCACGUAGUUAACCACGAGAAGGCCCUGCGAGAACAAGCUAAGAAGAUGAAUGUGGAGUCCCUGCGCAGCAAUCAACAGCAGAACCAGGUGUCGGCUGAAAUUCGCAUCGCUAAGGCUGCUAUCAGCAUCUGCUUCCUGUUCGUAGCAUCGUGGACACCGUAUGCUGUGAUGGCCCUCAUUGGAGCAUUUGGAAACCAGGCUCUCCUCACGCCUGGAGCGAGUAUGAUUCCAGCUUUAACUUGCAAAUUCGUUGCCUGCCUGGACCCAUACGUGUACGCCAUAAGUCACCCCAGAUACAGAGUUGAGCUACAGAAGCGACUCCCAUGGCUCAAUAUCGAUGAGACACAGCCACAGAGUGAGACCACCUCUGCCAUCACAACCAACGUCAGUACUGACAGCACGGGCACUCCGGACUAAACUACUCCCAUCUGCCAUAGUUCGCAGCAUAGUCAGAGGGAGGACCUACUGCUCUUGAUUUCGCAGAAUUCUGCGUAACUUUUUACUUCGUUCAUUGCAAUUCAUUGUAACCAAUUACUUUUACGUGUAAUUAAAUCACAAAUUUCUGAUUUUAUGAAAUGUGAAAAUGCAUUAAAAGACCUGGGAAUACUCAA